AUGGAGGAGAGACCACAGCAUCGCCCGUCCAGAUUGCCAGACAACUCUGCCCUGAAGCAGCAGGAGUUACCCGCCCACCGGCUAUAUUUCACGGCCAGGAGAGUCCUCUUUGUCUUUUUCACAACAGGAAUAUUCUGCCUUUGUAUGGGCAUCAUCCUUAUAUUGUCUGCAAGGAGCACUCAGGAAAUAGAGAUUAAUUACACAAGAAUAUGUGCAAAUUGUGCAAAACUGCGGGAAAAUGCCUCUAAUUUUGACAAAGAAUGCACCUGCUCUAUUCCCUUUUACCUUUCAGGAAAAAUGAUGGGUAAUAUUUAUAUGUACUACAAAUUGUAUGGCUUCUAUCAGAACCUGUAUCGAUAUGUUCGAUCCAGAAGUAAUAGACAACUGAUGGGCAAAGACAUAAAAGCUGUUGACGACUGUGCCCCAUUUAAAAUGUCCGACAAUAAGACCCCUAUCGUUCCUUGUGGUGCUAUUGCCAACAGCAUGUUCAAUGACACCAUAAUUCUUUUACACAACAUUAAUUCAUCUGUACAAAUCAAAGUGCCAAUGCUAAAGAGUGGACUUACUUGGUGGACAGAUAAGUAUGUCAAAUUUCAGAAUCCAAGUUCCAAGAAUCUUGCUGAUGAAUUUAGAGGAACCACAAAGCCUCCAAACUGGCCCAAGCCUAUCUAUGACUUGGAUAAAAAGGAUCCAAGAAACAAUGGCUUCCUCAAUGAUGACUUCAUUGUGUGGAUGCGGGCAGCUGCCUUUCCCACUUUCAAAAAACUGUAUGGUCGACUCAAUCGAACACACCAUUUUAUAGAAGGCUUGCCUGCUGGUAAUUAUAGUCUCAACAUAACCUAUAACUUUCCAGUAACCAGGUUCCAUGGAGAAAAAUCAGUUGUUCUCUCCACCCUGACAUGGUGUGGGGGUAAUAGCCUUUUCUUAGGUCUUGCCUACACAGUGACAGGAGCUAUAACAUGGUUGGCCUCCUUUGCCAUGAUGGCAAUUCACAUCAUGCUGAAAAACAAGAAAAUGUCCUUCUUCCAUCAGUAA